CAAGAGCGAUUAACGAAACAAAUCGCUACUGCAAUGCUUCAAGCCGUACAACCAGCCGGAGUUGCCGUCGUCAUUGAAGCAACGUGAGUUCCAUGUAUCCGUUGGAAUCCCAGUUGAAACGGAUUUUGGAUCUCAUCAAUUCCAUUGGAAUCCUAUUUGA